GAAAGCAAAGACACUGGCAGGCUGAAGACUGGUUCAGAGUUUGAUUCUGGCACAGACGCAUGAUGUUUUAGGUGUCUGGAACCCCUUGCUUGGGGGACAAAAUGAAUCUAGGGCUCAUCCUCAUCUGUGGAAUGCUGGCUCUGAAGGCUGCAGAGGUGCCAAUGGAGCUGGCCCCAGGGUCCCAAUUACGCUCUGUGGAUGUGGUCUUGGACUGUCAUUAUGUAGAGGAAGCUGUGGGUGAAUUUCCAGGUGCCUUUGCUGGAUCAUUCUCCUCAGACCCUGCCACCCUAGUGCUGAGAGGUAUCGGCAUUGCUGAUGAUGGAAGCUUGGACAGUGUCACCAAUUAUGAGGCACCAGGCACAAAAACUGAUUCCACUUUUCCCAUCAUCUUUGAAGUCUCAGCAAGUUUGGUACCCGUCCCAUAUGCGGAAUCCCUGCUGCAUGCAGACUGUGCUGGGGAGGAAGUGACCUGUGAGAUCUCUCCAUACAGCCUACACCUGGCAGAUGAGGGGCCCAGCCAGGCCUCCUGGUUCAUGGGGACCCUGAAGUUGUCCAGUGGGAUCAGCAUAGCCCUGGUGCUGAAAGUCAGCAGUGACAGUGAGGAAGAUGACAGAAUGGCUGUGCUGCAUCCACGGCUGAAGGUCCCUGUAAGCAAGGAGGGCACAGUGCUGACCACAGCGCUUCAGCCUGCAGGAUGGGAUCUUCUUCGGGGGAGACAUAUCUCUAACCUUUCAACCCAGCAUGGCCAGUCAGUCCACAGCAUGCUUCCUCCAGUUGAAUUCCAAUUGUCAUCUCGCACCCCUACUUUGCGUACCCGAUUUGGCACCUCCGUCACCCUGGACUGCAGCUUUGCCUUGGCUUCCAGCUCUCCUCUGGCCUCGCUGGAGUGGAGGCUGCAGCACCGAGGCAGCGGGCGUAGAGUAUUCCACUACCAGACAGGGGACAUGGCACAAGCAGAACAGUCAACGGCCCAUGUGGAUGUGGUGCAGCUGCUGGAGACUGGAGAUGCAUCACUUAGCCUGCAUGGAGUGGGUGUGGGGGAUGAAGGGACAUACAUCUGUUUAGUGUCCACUCACCAGCACCAGGCCCAGAACAUCAUCCAGCUGCAGUUAGUUGAGCCCCCAAGAGUCCGUUUGUUCCCAGAGUUGGUGUCACGUGAGGGGAAUGGAGCCACUACCCUGACCUGUGAGAUCUCUGGCUAUUACCCCCUGGAUGUGUCAGUGAAGUGGACAUGGGAGGCCCCUGACGACAAGGACAAGGUCCCUAUCUCAGACUCAAGCACAUACUUCUCCAGCCAUAGGCAAGCCCAGGAUGGCACCUACAGCAUCAAUUCAUACCUGAGUAUCAACACAGCCACAGAGCUGAGACCUGUCACCUACAGCUGCCAUGUCUCGCAUCUGGCCCUUGAAGAGCCAAUCACAGCUAGUGCCCAGCUCAGAGUACCAGAGCAAAAAACAUCUAAAGGGCUUGUGGGAGCCUUCAUUGCUACGUUCAUCUUCUUUGCUGCUCUCGUUGGCCUCUUGCUCAGGACAAGAAAAACAGGUAUGAACAAAGAACAAAGACACCGUGUGUUACACCUGUCUACAAGCAGAUCAGUUGAUCCAAAGUCUGAGAAAUCUCUGGAGACUUCAGGGUAAAAGGGACAGUUAACUCAGUUACCCUUAUUCCUGCGCCCCCUCUGACAGACUCCAUACCAGAUGAACACCCAACCGCUCUAAAAUUAACCUCCCAUUUUAAAUUAAUGGAGCUGUCAUGUUUUCCAGGGACUCUCUUGCAGCUCUGCAGGAAGGGAUUGGAGGACUGUUGUGACCCUGGAAAGGUGUAGUCAGAGAAAAGGGGUUGUCUGCAUCGUGUGAGUGAGAGUAAUAUCAUUAACCUCCCUGUAACACUGUUCUUCUCACACUUUCAGGUACACAGAGCUAGAUCCACAAAGGGAUGUAGGCAUUUUAGGUGCCUAAGUCCAACAUUUAGGCACCACCAAGAUCCUCAAACCUCUGCUCAGCUGGUGCUUAACCAUUUAGCUGCCUAAAUUCCUAAGGCACCUAAGGUUCUGCUGGAAAAGUCCCCUAAGCACCUAAGUUUCUGCCUGUGGACAUACACAAAAUCACUUAAUUCCUGAUGCCACUGAGCUGCUUGGUUCCCUAGCUCAUGCAUAAUCCCUAGUAGGAUUGUCAACCUAAGCAAUACCCUACCUUUGUCACCUCCAGGGCCUGAUCCCAGAGGCAUGCUCAGAGCAUACCUAUCAGAUCACGCCUUGAACAAAGACAGCUGGGAGCAAGCAGGUCAGAAAUUUGGUGGGUGUAUGUAUAGACAUAUGUGUGCAUGUGUACACCGUCACUUUGCCCAUGUCAUCCUUAGCUUUUAAUCCCUCCACUGGCUCUCCCUUCUCUAUCACAUCAAAUAUAAGAUGCUUGUGUUCACCUUCUAGCCCCUUCUUGGCCAUUUCUCACCCUACCUAUCAUCUCUCAUUUGCCAUUGAACUGUUGAUGCUCACCUCUGAUGGGCCCAUCGUGCCAGUCUCCAGUGGCUGUAGGUUACAUUUUCAGACAAGCAUCUUUCUACUUUCUCCCAUGUUGUUCAGCACACUUGGGAGGGGCUCCCUUAAAACAUCCACAAAGCAUCCACCUUCAAAUACAUUCGCAAAACGCUCCUUUGCCAUGAUGCCUGUAAAUAUAUUGACAAUGGUUAGAAUGCCGAUCAGCCUGACCAUUAUUGUCUCAUUGUAUCCUUUUAUUUCCCUACAGAUCUCUUGUAUUACGCUUAGAUUGUAAGCUCUUUUGGGCAGGGACUGUCCUUUUGUUCUGUUGGUACAGUGCCUAGCACAGUGGGGUCCUGCUCACAACUAGCGAUCCUAUGUGCUACAAUAAUUCAACUAACAACAUUAUUAGCUUAGGGUAGAGCACUCCCCAAUAAUGUAAGAGGCCCAGGUUUGUAUCCCUGUUCUGCCUGAGUUGGAGCAGGGACCUGAAGUCAGUUCUCCCACAUCCCAGGUGAGUGCUGUAACCACUGCGUUGUUGAGUAUUCUGGGGUGGUUAUGUCUCAGUGUCCCCUGCUGAAGCUGUUCCACUUGAUAUGAGUGAAAUCUUUUUGGAGCCGGGCCUCUCCCACAUCUCAGGGGAUUGCCCUGACCACUGAGCUACGAACUCCUUGCUUUGUCUCCUCUUUCUUGCCCAAUGAAUAUUUAAUUAUUUAUAUGAAGAAGUUCUUCAGCAGGAGAGAUUGAGAGCCAGUUACAUCCCUUGUUAGUAUCUUGCUGAAAUGCUGUAUUUGGGAAGCUCAGGGUGGAGAGGGUGUGGGUGAGGAGUGGGGCUCACUCUGUAACUGGCUCAAACAAGAUUCGGUAUUCACUGCACUUUGUGCUAGUUUGAAUUUGACUUCUGAAUAAAACCCUGUUAUUUUUCUAACACA